GAGGGGUAGAGAUUGGACGCGCACAUAGAGAGAGCUGAGAAAUGAAAGACAUGAGGGAUGGGAACACACACACACACACACACACACACACAGAGAGAGAGAGAGAGAGACACACAACAAAAAGUAUUGAUUGCAAUGGACAGUUUGGGUGGGAGGCUAGCAGCCACCCAUUACUGACCACCAGUUUAUACAAACAAGACAACACAUGGGUGGGAAGUUCCUCCUCUUUUUUUCAAGAGCGAAGAUCUAAAAAUACUUCCUUUCUUUCCAUUAUUUGUGUUUGUGGCCCACAUCUGAUCAUCUCAGAGGCAGGCAUUGAAACAGGAUCAAUACGGAUGUAACCGCACCACACCUGAAGCAACGAGGAGUCCUUUUUAAUGAGAUAUUGUGAAGAAGAGACUUUACUACCUUACUGCAGACGCAACAUUAUGAACUCAGUUGACUAUACAGGAAAAUGGUCAGGAAGUCCCUGGUGGCUGGCCUGGUGGUUUUGCUGGUGGCUGCAGUAGGAGUGUUCGUGGGGGUGUUCAUGGGGGUGGGAAACAAGAACCCCAUCUCACCCUCAGACCAUUUCUACUCAAAAGCUGCCGUGGCUACAGAUGCUGGGAUAUGCUCUGAGGUGGGGAGGGACAUCCUGAAGAGGAACGGCUCAGCGGUGGAUGCAUCUAUCGCCGCCCUGCUGUGUGUUGGCCUCCUGAACGCUCACAGCAUGGGCAUUGGAGGGGGUCUCUUCUUCAACAUCUACAACGCUUCCACAGGGAAGGUUGAAACCAUUGACGCGAGGGAGACAGCACCCAUGAACGCGACAGAAGACAUGUUUGGCAAUAACACCCAGCUUUCUCGGAAAGGUGGAUUGUCUAUAGCCAUUCCAGGGGAGAUCCGUGGUUACGAGAUGGCACACAGGAGACACGGCAGGCUGCCAUGGAAGGAGCUGUUUGAGCCAAGCAUUGAGUUGGCACGCGUAGGUUUCCCUAUCGGCAAAGCCCUGGCCAAGGCCAUCGCCAGCAACAAGGACGCUAUUCAAGGAGAUGCCAAUAUGUGCGAAGUGUUCUGUGACUCCCAGAAAAACAUCCUGAAGGAAAAUGAUAUCAUUAAAUUUCCCAAACUAGCAGACACCUACAAGAGGAUAGCGGAGGAAGGACCUGGUGUUUUUUACAAUGGGACAAUGGCACAGACAAUUGUUGAUGACAUCCAGGCAGCAGGUGGGAUUAUCACCCUGGAGGACCUGUUGGACUACUGGCCUGUGUUGAAUGAGAACCCACUGAAGCUGACCGUGGGCGAGUACACCAUGCACGUCCCAGACGCCCCCUCCAGCGGCCCAGUCCUGGCACUCAUACUCAACAUAGUGGAUGGGUAUAACUUCACUGGCACAAGUGUUUCAACGGUUGAGAAAAAGACUCUGACAUAUCACCGCAUCGUGGAAGCUUUCCGGUUUGCUUAUGCCAAGAGGAGCAAACUAGGGGAUCCACGCUAUCUCAAUAUCACUGAUCUCAUCCACAACAUGACCUCAGACUACUUUGCUGACGGGAUCAGGAGCAAGAUCACAGAUGACACCACUCAUCCCGACCGCUACUACGAGCAAGAUUAUUUUGUCCCAGACAAUCAUGGGACAGCACACCUGUCCGUCAUAGCUGAGGAUGGAAGUGCAGUGGCUGCUACCAGCACAAUCAAUCUAUAUUUUGGCUCAAAAGUCAUGUCCCGAUCAACUGGCAUCAUCUUCAAUGAUGAGAUGGAUGACUUUAGCUCUCCGUACCUCACCAACGGCUUUGGAAUCCCUCCAUCUCCUAACAACUUCAUCCAGCCUGGUAAAAGGCCUCUCUCUUCUAUGUGCCCAACUAUUAUCUCUGACAAAGACAAUAGAGUGAAAAUGGUGGUGGGGGCCUCUGGUGGAACAAAGAUCACCACAGCAACUGCCCUAGUGAUUCUGAAUAACUUGUUCUUUGACUACGACCUCAAAAAAGCUGUGACACUACCUCGAAUUCACAAUCAACUCAACCCAAAUAUGACUGUAGUGGAGGACGGCUUUGAAAAGAGUGUAUUAGAUGGCCUGGUAAAGAAGAACCAUGUAACAGAGCUGCUGAUGACUCCUGAUUCAGUGGUUCAGGCGGUGGUGAGACAAGGGGAUCGGCUCUGUGCCGAGUCCGACCCCAGGAAAGGGGGCUAUCCAGCGGGCUACUGAGUCUUACCUCACCUCUUCCUUUCCAAACCUGGAUGGUACCUCCAUAAAAAGGCAGGGAUAGAGCUAAGUAUCUGGAAAGACACGAAAACAAUGCCUCCUCAAGGUGACACAGCCACUCGCUUUCUUCAGCUGAAAUUAAUUUCAAGACAUGGAAAAUGACUCCACAUCAAUACCUCCUCCCUUCACACCAAAUAAUCGGCGGCAUUUCUGCUUUUAUUUCAGCAUUACUCAUUAUUUAUUUUUGUGUUUUGAAAAAGAAGUGAGGUUGCAACUCUGAAAGUGGCAUUUUUUAAAUCCUAGCUGUAUCAAGAGAUCGCCAUUAUCAAUUAUCCUGAAGAUGGAAGUUUAUUAAUGCAAUGCAGUGGGUUAGCAGAAAGCUGGACUGCAACUUUCGUUUCCUGCUGGAUGUAAAUACCAAUGGGCCAGAACUUUAUGGACGCCAUGAAUCUUCUGAUAUACAUUAUGAAAUAGUUUGCCUAGGAAGUAUUAGCCAACAUAUUAGUCAAAUUACUCUGUGAUGAUGAGCGAUCAUUCUGUUUGACAGAAAAAGAGCCAUUUAUCUGAGAUUUAAGGAAAGCAAUGUUUUAGGGGAGAAUAUGAACACCAUUAUGGAAGGUUGUCAAAGUAGUUUGUCUGUCCAUUGAACAAAUCAAAUGUAGAGACAUGACUGUUUUAUCUCUCCAUCAAGGAAAAAUGGUCUGUAUGUUUUAACCUCAGGCCUUAACCUCAGGUCUUAACUGGUCAGGUUGCUAUAUCUGUUGGUGCUUUAUGGGUUGGCUAAAUCACAAACAUAUCUGGCAACCAGGCUACAGGUCUACAUGCCUUAUGAAGAUGUUGGUCACAGGUAGCUACAUUUUUCCUUCCAUGAGGAAGCAUAUUCUGAUCUGUUAACUGAAAACUGUGAUUUCUGUUUUUCUGAUUUCAUCUCAACUCUGACCGUUGCCCAUGGGGGCCUAUUGUUAAACAAGGGCUCAAAUAUGGCUGCCAUUUAACUAUUCAAAUGGUACUUUUACAUUUUUUGUGAUGCAGAAUGUUGAGAAAAACACAAAUUGUUCAUGUUUAAUAUGGAGUAAGACCAUAGCAGUACAGUGAAUGUAUAGUGUAUUUUACAUUUGCAGAUAUAUAUUUUUAAACAUGCAUUGUUCUCAUGCCAUGCUUGUUAUUAAAAUGUUUAAAAUAAGAUAUAUUUUACAUUAGUCAGCCUGUUCCCCAUAUUCUUAGAGGCAUCUUUCUCUGCAUCGAUACCUGUAACCAAAGAACUGAUAAAAAAUGUACACAAUAGAUUAAUAACAGCUACAUGAUGUCUAAACAACUGACUGAAAUACAAUUUUACACCUACAACCUAAAAAUUGGGCUCGACUUCCUUCAAUAGUCUGAAGAACAAAAUACAAAGCAGCUUCCUUCUGACAAAUCUUAUCAAGAUGUGGCAUUUGGUGCCAGCUGGGGCUUUUACAAAAGCCUCCAAAUGGAUUAUUCACUGAAGCAAUUGCUUCCAAAGACCAGUGAUGCAUAGGAAGCUACGUAGUCGACUCAGGCUAAAUGCUUCCUCUCUAUCAAAGUGUUGCUCUUCUCCUUUAUUAAGACACUUUAUGUUGAUGUUUCCUUUAUUUUGGCAGUUACCUGCAGCUGCUGAGUAAGUCAACUCUACUGUGCACAGAGAUGUGACUGCCAACUAAAGUCCAUCUAUGGUAGUAUCCUGUCGUCUAGGCUACAACAAGUAUCCUGUCGUCUAGGCCCUAUUGAAUGUGGCCUGAGACACUAUCUGCGUACUCUCUACUCUCUGCUUCCCUGUAAGAGCAAGAAGAUCCAUAUUCAUUCAGACAGAAUUCAGCCUGUGGGCAGAUGGGAAAUGAUGGCUAAUGAAGCUGUAUAUUACAUACAAAAAUAGCAAAGCAAGGGUUUUUCAAUCCUUUGACACAGCUCAUCUAACUGUGCUAAUAGAACAUUUCCCAAUCCCCCGACUAAUGUGAUACUCUUGACAGCACAGGCCUGAACAGAGUAUAGUGUCAAUGUUGAUGCACAGUGCUCACAUACAGGGCAGGCCACUGGUUCAGAGGACAUUUAGCGUCACUAGGCACAUGCCCCAUCUAGUGUUGCCUGAUGAAAAGACAUCCCAAGGCUGCAGCUCACCCUCUCCAUCUCACUCUAGAUAUAUCAACACACACACAAGAGCAGAGUGAACUAUGCAGUGUGAGUCUGUGUGUAUUUACACAGACAGUCUCUGUCCCGUCUCCUGUCCCAUGGAGGCCCAUUAUCUACUGUAUUUGUUUAUAGAGCGAAGUGACAUGUAGCGUGUUUCAGACCCCACACACGGUCUUAGAGUACUUCUAGUGCAAACAUACCAAUAAACAUCUGGAACAAACCUACAUGGUAAAGUUUAGACAGAUAAGGCAAUGGAACAUACUCUCUUUUUGUCUAAUGUAAGCCGUUGACGUCAACCAAAAAAAGCUCAAGUAAUGAUGACAAUGCUUUUUUCAUGUAAGAGGGACAAUAGAAGAACAUUCUCAAAAACCAGCCCACUCAAAUGUUAAAUAUGACAUAGGCUUUCAACUUAAUUGGUUCUGUACCGCAAAUGCUUAGAGACCCAGAAUGUAAUAUUUGAAGGCUCAGGGCUAUAUCACCGUGUCAAUGCUUUGUUUCAGUAAUAAAACUUCAGUGUU